UUCAACCCAAAAAGCUCUUUUUUAUCUGCUUGCUUGGAGACUGCAUCAAACUUUGAGGUUUUAAACUUACCUUCCAAGGUCAUAAUUUUAAGGCUUCUCAGCGCUCCAUCUUCUUCAUUUUUCUUUCUGAGAACCUCCUGCAGAAAAGAAGAUAACAAAAAUGGAGAAGACGAUGGUGGGUAAGUUAUUUGAGGAUGAAGCCUCGGGCCAAAGUCGCAACGAGCUCAAUAAAUAUGCUCUGGCCUGUUCUGUAGUUGCCUCCAUUGUAGCUAUCAUCUUUGGCUAUGACACGGGUGUAAUGAGUGGAGCGAUGUUAUUCAUUAAAGAUGAAAUGAGAAUCAAUGAUGUUCAAGUGGAAGUUCUGGCCGGGAUUCUGAACUUGUGCGCACUGGUUGGCUCGCUAAUGGCCGGAAGAACCUCCGACCAAAUUGGCCGCCGAUACACAAUCGUUUUAGCAUCCAUCAUCUUCAUGAUCGGCGCUAUUCUGAUGGGCUACGGCCCAAACUACGCAAUCUUGUUGGUCGGAAGAUGCAUCACCGGCAUUGGAGUGGGCUUCGCGCUGAUGAUUGCCCCUGUUUACUCCGCAGAAAUUUCAUCUUCGGCAACCAGAGGAUUUCUGACUUCUUUACCGGAGCUCUGCAUCGGCUUGGGCAUCUUAACGGGGUACGUCUCCAAUUACUGCUUCGGAAAAAUUGCCGCGAAAAUCGGCUGGAGAUUGAUGCUGGGAGUUGCGGCAGUUCCUUCGCUCGCAUUAGCUUGCGGAGUACUAACCAUGCCGGAAUCUCCUCGGUGGCUGGUGUUGCAGGGCCGACUAAAAGACUCCAAGGUUGUUCUGUACAAAGUCUCGAAUACAGAGGAAGAAGCAGAGCUUCGAUUCCGCGACAUUAAAGUUGCAGCAGGAAUCGCCGAGGAUUGCCAGCAAGACGUCGUGAAAUUAAACAGAAAUACCCACGGCGAGGGGGUUUGGAGAGAGCUACUGAAUCCGACCCCCGCCGUGCGUCGGAUUCUGGUGGCGGCCAUUGGGAUUCAUUUCUUCGAACACGCUGUGGGCAUUGAAGCAAUCAUAUUGUACAGCCCUAGAAUCUUCAAGAAAGCCGGAAUCAUGGCGAAAGACAAACUCCUACUCGCGACAGUCGGCGUCGGAGUAACUAAAGCGCUCUUCAUUCUCGUCGCUACCUUCUUCCUCGACAAAAUCGGAAGGAGGCGGCUGUUAUUCACGAGCACAAUCGGAGUGACGAUUUCGCUCUCUGCGUUAGGGUUUUCUUUAACAAUGGUGGAAAAAUCAAAGGGGAAUCUGUUUUGGGCGUUGAUUCUCAGCAUAAUCUCCGUUUAUAUGUACGUGGCCUUCUUCAACAGUGGAAUUGCGCCCGUUACAUGGGUGUACAGCACAGAAAUUUUCCCGUUGAAAUUGAGGGCACAGGGGAUGAGCGCUGGGGUUGCGGUGAACAGAUUGAUGAACGCGGCGAUUUCGUUGAGUUUCAUUUCGAUCUACGAGGCGAUUACGAUCGGUGGAACUUUCUUCAUGUUUGCCGGAAUCUCUGUAAUCGCUCUGGUUUUCUUCUAUUUCUUCUUGCCGGAGACGAAAGGGAGGUCGUUGGAAGAGAUUGAAAUGCUCUUCGGCGGGAAUGCGGAGCCGUCGUGUAAGGAAGACGGUCAAGCAAGAAACGACGUGUAGUUGAGAGAGCGACAGAGCGAGAGAGAACUCAUACUCUCUGAUCAUGUGA